AUGACAGCCACAGCAGAUAGUAUCGAUUUGGAUCGAAUGAAUAUAGAUACCAAAGAAUCAAAUAUUUUACAUAAUAAUAACGAACCGUCUCAUACAACAAAUAUUAAUAAUGAUCAUAUUACUCAGAAUCACGAUGUACCAGAAGAAGACAGAAUGCAUAUAGAUCGUUCGUUAUCAAAUUUAAAUCAGCAUAGUCAACAACAAAAAGUACAGCCUCAAUCAUCAAAUGUACCUGAACUCAAUGGUCAGAAUAAAGAUCAUCAUCAGCAAAGUCAAACCGAAACCCAACAACACAUACAACAAUCCCAACAACAACAGCAGCAGCAGCAGCAACAACAACAGCAACAACAACAACAACAACAACAACAACAACAACAACAACAACAACAACAACAACACCAAUCACACCAACCACAACCACAAACACAACAACAACAGAUACAGCAGCAACCUCCCCCACCUCCUCCUGAAGCAUCCACGGUUCCAGUAGAUAUAAAAUGGGUUCAAGGUGGUGAAAAAGUAUAUGUAACAGGAUCUUUCACAAAUUGGAGAAAAAUGAUUGGGUUAGUAAAACAACCUGAUGGGAAUUAUCAAAUAACAUUAGGUUUACCAGUUGGAACUCAUAGAUUCAGAUUUGUUGUUGAUAAUGAAUUAAGAUUUUCUGAUUUUUUACCUACUGCAACUGAUCAAAUGGGGAAUUUUGUAAAUUAUAUUGAAAUUACUCCAGAAAGUGUUCAACAUCAAUUAGAUGAACAAAAUAAAUUACUCCAAUCAAAAGAAGAACAAAUCAAUAAUCAACAACAACCAUCACAAGAAUCACAAAAAACAGAUGAACCUACUACAUCUGGAAUCAGUCAUAUUAAAAGUGGAUUAAUAAGUCGUAGAUCAUCAACAUCAUCACAUAGAUCAAGAACAGAUUCAAUGUGGAGAUUAACAAAUGAUGAUGAUGAUAUGGGUAAUGGAUAUUCAAGAUAUCAUGAUAAUGAAGAAAAUGAUGGAUUAUAUCCAAAUUAUGAAUAUAUAACAGAUAUUCCACCAAUUUUUACUGAUCCAAAAGUAAUGGAACAAUAUUAUGUUGCAAUAGAUAAACAAUCAAGAUCAAAUAAUGGUCAACAACAAGCUUGGUUACAUCCACCUCAAUUACCUCCUCAUUUAGAAAGUGUUAUAUUAAAUAAUUUUAAUAAUAGUAAUGAUAAUAAUUCAGGUGCUAUUCCAAUACCAAAUCAUGUUGUUUUAAAUCAUUUAGCUACUACUUCAAUAAAACAUAAUACUUUAGCUGUUGCUUCAAUUGUUAGAUAUAAAAGUAAAUAUGUAACUCAAGUUUUAUAUGCUCCGUUAUAA